AUGGCCGGAGGACUUGUCAAAUACAGGCACUUGUCGCGGUCGUCCGCUCACCGCCGCGCCCUCCUUCGCAACCUUGUGACCUCCCUCAUCGAGCACGAGAGCAUCCAGACAUCAUGGCACAAAGCGAAAGAAGCACAGAGGAUGGCAGAGAAGAUGAUCACACUGGGCAAGAAGAACUCGGAGGCUAGCAAGAGACAGGCGACCAAAUUCUUAUUUAGAGCACCAGAAAUGAUGCCGAAACUCUUCGGACCAUUACGAGAACGCUAUGCCGAGCGCCAGGGAGGCUAUACCCGAGUCCUACGUAUCGAACCACUGAAGGAGGACCAAGCAGCUUCGGCGAUCCUGGAAUUAGUGGACGGACCAAAGGACAUGCGAUUCGCUUUCACAGCCAAGACAAUCGCGAGCAUACGAGCGAAGGGCCACCAGAUCAACGACAUGACAGCUGCGAAUAUUGCGAAAGUCACGCGGUAUCGGGGUAACGCGGAUCAGGAGUUGGAAGAGAUGGUUGGGAGGUUUGAGAAGCUGGCGCAGCAGGGUGAUGAGGGGAUUAGCGAUGAGGAGGGUCUGAAGAAGAGGAGGGUGUAUCCUGAGAAUGAUAGGAGUCGGUGA